GUUGGCUCUAUUAGAUCGUCAGUCCUUCCAACUUAGCACUGGCCUGGCCAAUAAAUAGUGCACGCCUGGUACCCCGCCAAGGCGCCCUAUCAGCCCCCGGGACGAAGCGAAAGCAUAUUUAUUCAGCUGGUUCCUCAAGUCCUACCAUGUCGACAGCAUAUUGCAAGGGGGGCCAGCUUGGCAGAUAGAGAGGGUCUGAUGGAUUCCCAAUACUUAAAGGAGGCUUCCCUUUACCAGUAAAUGUGUAGUAAGUGUGUGUGUAUCUUGGCACGCUUGGAUAGACAACUACAGACGUGAUGGCCACUAUACAGAUAGUUAGUGAUCUUCACCUCGAGGCCACCAACGCCUACAACACCAUUGAGAUCCCCCCAAAGGCACCCUAUCUGGCCCUGCUCGGCGACAUCGGCAACACAGAACAGGCGGAACCAUUCACGUCUUUCCUCGACCGCCAGCUCAGGCAGUUCCAAGUCGUGCUCCUCGUCCCCGGAAACCACGAACCGUACCGGUCCACCUGGGAGGAAUCGAAGGCCUUCUUCCGGCGGUACGAGGACGACGUCCGUCAGAGGCGCGCCGUGGGGGAGGCCAUCGGCUCCUUCGUCCUCCUGGACCGGACGCGCCACGACAUCCCCGGCACGACGGUCACCAUCCUGGGUUGCACCCUCUUCUCCAGCGUGCCGGCCGCCAAGGCCCCCGCCGUCCAGACCCUGCUCAACGACUUCAAGUACAUCCGGGACUGGGCCGUGGAGGACCACGACCGCGCGCACCAGGCGGACCUGGACUGGCUCAACGCCCAAGUCGAAUCCCUCGCCGACGGCGCCGAGCCGGGCCAGCCGGGGCGGACCAUCGCCGUCCUGACGCACCACAGCCCCACGGCGGACAAGCGUGCCAGUAACCCGCGGCACGAGAACACGCCCAUCCACCCGGCCUUCGUGACGGACCUGGCCCGGCAGCCGUGCUGGACCGCCCGCGCCGUAGUCCUGUGGGCCUUCGGCCACACGCACUUCAACUGCGACUUUCGGGAUUGGCGGACCGGGAAGAGGGUCUACGCGAACCAGCGCGGGUACUUCGCCGACGUGCCGGGCUGGGAUGUCGGGCGGGUCGUCGAGAUUCCCGGCCAGGUACCUCGCUGCGCGGGCCGCCUGCUUGGUUUGACGGACGGCUGCGUUGUGAACUGAUGGCGGGGGGGGAAGGCCGAUCUUUUUUUUACUUUGUCUUAUUGAAGUUACAGACCCGGACGUUGUAGGAAAACUUGAUAACCCCCUUUUCGUAUCCCAUAAAUUAAAUCUAACAUGCAUAAAGUUCUGAUAC